ACAGAGAUGGCUGGAUCUGGGAUCGAAGGCUCGGGGAUAUGAUUUUUUUGUAAAUAUUUGUUCUGUUGCAGGCGACGAGGACGACAAUCAACGUUUUGGGGAUUGUCGACAUGGUGGAAAGUGUCUCAGCUACGGUGGCACAAAGCCAGGGGGCCCAGGAUGCUGGCAAACCGCCGGAUAGCGGGAGGUGGUGUUGUUCCUCACAGCGCCACUUCAUCUUUGUCGUCCUGGUGUUGACGGUGGUUUUGUUCUUCUACAACACAAACGUGAAGGAAAUGGUGCCCGGGUGGAACCCGACGAAGUGGGGGCUUAAGUCCAACGGUCAGAGGCAAAGCCUCGUCCCUCCCAAACAGAGGGGUCCCGUCGCCAGCACACCUGGAUCUAAACCGACUGAGAUCGGCCUGGCUGCACCUCCUCAAACAGAGACCUCCUCAAAGGCGGCGGCGGCGGCGAGCAAAGCUGAGGCGCAGACGGCGACUCCUUAUAAAUCUCCGGGCCCCUACCUGGUGGAAUACCCCUCUGAGUACCACUUCGUCAUAAACGAGCCGAAGACGUGCGAGCGGCAGAAGCCUUUCCUGGUUCUGAUGGUUCCCGUGGCUCCCGACAACAGGGCAGACCGCGACGUCAUCCGCAGCACCUGGGGCAGCGAGCGCGCGGCUCUGGGCAAUGCGGUGGCGCUGUUCUUCCUGAUGGGGCUGCACGGCGGGGAGGGAGUGGGACCGAGACCGGGACCGGGGUGGACCGACGGCCCGCUGCUGCAGGAGAGCCUCGAGCACCGCGACCUGAUCCAGAGCGACUUCCUGGACUCCUACAAGAACCUCACCAUCAAGACCAUGGUGAUGCUGGAGUGGCUGGACGCGCACUGCCCCGGUGCCUCGUACGCCAUGAAGGUCGACACGGACAUGUUUCUGAACGUGCCCAAACUCGUCGGCAUGUUGGCGAACGCCCCGAGGACCAACUACAUGACGGGACUCGUGCAAGGCCACGCCGCGGUCCACAGAUACCGGACAUCGAAGUGGUUCCUCCCUGUGGAGAUUUACCCGUCGGCGUUUUACCCUCGGUACCCUUUGGGCAUGGGCUACGUUUUAUCCCUCGACCUCCCGAGAAAGCUUGUGGAGGCCUCCAGACACGUUAAAGCCAUUUACAUCGAAGACGUGUAUUUGGGGAUGUGCAUGAGCCACUUGGGCAUCGAUCCCACCGACCCCCCGAACUGGAACUAUUUUCAGUUGGAGCCUCGGGAGUACAGCCGCUGUGCUUACUCGCAGCUCGUUGUCACGACUACGCAACCGUUUGUUGAUCGCGUGAGUGUCUGGAAAGACUUCAAGAGACCAGGUCAGUACUGCUGACACGGCUAAAGAAGGACUUAAUAUAUUGAUUGUUGAUUUAUAUUUUAUAUAAAGUAUUUAAAGGUUCUUUCAAUAAUAACUUAAGACUUAAUGACUUAAUAUCUCGAAAUUGUAAAUAAAUUGUAAAUAACAAGACACGGGAAAGCUUCUAAAUCCACCAGAAUGAUGUUUACCAACAUCCUGUUUUAUGGCGGAGAACCAAACCGCGUGUGUUAGCCAAAAAAAAAACCCAUUUAAAGAUGAGGAAACCAGAAGUGCAAAAAAGUGCUCUUUUCUGUGUUUUGGGACUCAUUCCUGCAGCGCUCUGAAGCUCUGAAGCUCUAAAGCCCUAAAGUUGUGAAGCUCUAGAACUCUAAAACUCUAAAACUCUAAAGUUCUGAAACUCUACAUAUUUGAAGUUUUAAAACGUUGAAGCUCUGAACCUCUAAAGAUCUAAAGCUCUGAAGCUCUAAAGCUCUGAAGCUCUAAAGCUCUACAGAUUUGAAGCUCUGAAGAGCUAAAGCUCUGAAGCUAUAAAGCUCUAAAGCUAUGGAGCUCCAAAGCUCUAAAGCUCUUAAGCUCUAAAGCUCUAUAGAUUUGAAGCUCUGAAGAUCUAAAGCUCUGAAGCUCUGACACUCUAAAGAUGUGAAGCUCUAAAGCUCUGAAGCUCUAAAGCUCUAAAGCUCUGAAGUUCUAAAGCUUGAAAGAUUUGAAGAUCUAAAGCUCUGAAGCUCUAAAGCUCUACAGAUUUGAAGCUCUGAAGCUCUAAAGCUCUAAAGCUCUGAAACUAUAAAGCUCUAUAGAUUUGAAGCUCUGAAGAUCUAAAGCUCUGAAGCUCUAAAGCUCUAAAGAUGUGAAGCUCUGAAGCUCUAAAGAUCUGAAGUUCUGAAACUCUAAAGAUUUGAAGAUCUAAAGCUCUAAAGAUCUGAAGCUCUGAAGCUCUAAAGCUCUACAGAUUUAAAGCUCUGAAGAUCUAAAGCUCUAAAGCUCUGAAACUAUAAAACUCUAAAGCUCUAUAGAUUUGAAGCUCUGAAGAUCUAAAGCUCUGAAGCUCUAAAGCUCUGAAGCUCUAAAGAUCUAAAGCUCUGAAGCUCUACAGAUUUGAAGCUCUGAAGCUCUAAAGCUCU